AUGGACUCGCUAGCUCAAUUGAGUGCAGACGCCGCACAGAAGUUUAAGAAGUUUAAAAUCAAGCGUGACCCGGAGAACUGCGCGCUGAUAUUAGUGAUCAAGGGCACAACAAUAGAAGUUGAGGCGGAGUUUGACAAAAAGCCAUUGGAAGAACUGCAAGAAGAACUCCCAGAAGUCGAGCCAAGAUUUGUCGUGUACAGUUACAAGUACCCCCGAAGUGAUGGAAGAGUCACAUAUCCUCUUGUGUUGAUCUAUUACUCCCCAACUGGAAUCAACCCAAGAGAAUCAAUGAUCUACACGUCAUCACUUGGACUCCUCCAAACAGCACUCCCCGGUGUCCAGAGAUCUUACACCGUCAAGGAUGUCGAACAAAUCAACGAUGAAUGGAUGCUCGAGCAACUCAAAAAGUUUUAA